GAUGAAAGGUAAUUAAAUACUAUGUCUGGCUGCCUUUUGGUUUCGCAGUAUCCAGCUAGAAAUGGAAUUUUUGAAUUCGUGUAGCUAUGUCAUAAAAAAUAAAAAAAUAAAGAAGUAUUGACUCAGCAAAUUUAAUUUAAAAUGGCAGCGUUGAGCGGUGAAGAAGGAGAAAUGUCAUCCUCGUGUGAUGUUUUGGUUGAACAGUUUAACUCGUGCUCAGCUAGUAAAGAAACUUUAGCCGAUAGUUUGGGCAAGUUAAGAGCAGUAUCUACAGGAGAUAUUAAAAGGUUUAAUAUUAUUUCUACACAGAUUAAUGUCGAACUGCUUCUAUCGAUUAUUACAGAAUAUUCUUCAACAUCCGACUCUGGAAUUGUUGGCGAUGCUUGCAAUCUCUUGACAAAGAUUUUUGGAAAUAUGUCAGCGUCCAAUGUUUUGCAGAAAUAUGGGACAUAUGUUAUCUCAAGUCUUUCUUUAAAAUGUGUAGAAUUUCAAAACCUCUGCUUGCAACAAAUUGCCCGCUUGGCAGAAGAAGAUGAGCAUUUUUCUGAGUUUUUGUCAAACCCUGAUUUAAUCAUUGUAACUAUCAAAUAUUUAGGUGAAGAUGAUCUAGGUGUGGCAGGUAUCUCAAGAAAGAUUCUGAAUUUAUUGUUUUGCCAUAAUGAAAAUUUAGAAUGGUUAUUUUCCAAUCAUUUUAUUGAAUUAUUUAAAGAGAUAUCCCAAAGGAAUUCAAUCGUGCAAUUUAGAAUUUUUGAGGUUUUUGUAGACUUUGUGUUAAAGUAUCCUGAGCAUGUUGAAACUUGCAGAAGUGCUGGAAUAUUUGAUGGUCUUAUUUCAAUUCUAAUGAACUCUGGUGAUAUUUUAUCACAGCUGAAUGCACUUGAACAGUUAUCAAGGGUUGCAAUGUCUGGUCUGCAAGGUCUGAGGUAUGUUGAAGAGAAAUCAAUUAUGACAUGGGUGGAAAAAACCAUUAUUUCCAAUGGCCCUAUGGUUGGAUUGUUGCUUCCAGGGGCUGUUAAAUUCUUUGGUGUGGUUGCUCAAGCAGAUCCAUUACGUGUUAUCCCUAAAUAUGAAAACACAACCAAUUCAUUAUUUGAAAAUAUUGUUAGUGAAGAUCCUUCAAUAAGAUGUCUUUGUGCUGAAACAAUUGCCUUCAUUGGUGCUAAACCUGAAGGACUUAAGAUUUUAAAUUCAAAUCCAGAUCGCUUAAAGAGGUGUGUACAAGUCAUGGCAAAAAUGAUAAUGAAUCCCGGUGAAGAUGAUUACAUACGUAAUCGUACUGCAGGAUGUCUAAGUUCUAUGUUCAAUCACAGUAACCAAGAUGUUGAAGUUUCUAUGGUUUGUGAGAAGUUAUUUAGACAAAUUGAUCAACACCCUAUUUCAUAUCUUUUCAAGCUAGCUCAACAACCUUUUAGUGAAUUAAGAUACUGUAGCUUAAAAUUACUUGCCGCUGUCUCAAGAUAUAGUUGGGCUGAACAAGAUUUUGUUCUAUGUGCAGGAUUUUUAGAAUAUUUACUAAACCGGAAAACAGAAACUGAAAAGCAAGGUCAUGAGUUAAAGUACGAAAUUAUAAAGAAUCUAUCACUAUCGCAAACAUCAAAGGAUAAUUUGGGCAUUGAUUAUUAUGAACAGUUAGUAAAGUACACCAAACAAGGGCAGUUUUAUUCAGAAAGUCACGUCGAAGUAUCAUAUGAACAGGGAGAUUAAGAGUAGAAAUGAACAAGACCAAAGAACAAGUGUUCAACUUUUCAAUAUGUUGUAAAAUAAAUAUAUCACAUUCUUUAUGGUUGUUUAUUUUCGUUUUUGUAAAAUAAUUUAUGAACAAUUUUAAUGCCAUUCGGGAUGAAUGGUAAAAUGUC